AUGGCUCUAGAACCAAUUGACUGCACCACCCACUCGCGCGAGAUCCAAGACGCGUAUCUCGACGUGGUCAGAGGCUCCGAUCCGGAUACAACCUGGCUCGUGCUUUCCCCCAACGCGCAGAAGCAGUAUGCGCCCGAGUUCACCGGUAGCGACUUUACGCAGUUCCUCGAGACCUUUGCGGACUCCAAGGUCCAGUUCGGUCUUGCUCGCGUCUCGCCACCCGGUUCUGACGUUAAAAAACUGCUACUUAUCGGAUGGUGUCCGGACUCCGCGCCCAUGAAGACCAGGGCGUCGUUCGCGGCCAAUUUCGGUACAGUCGCGAACCAGGUGCUCAAGGGCUACCACGUGCAAGUUACUGCGCGCGACGAGGACGACUUGGACGAAAAAGAGCUCCUCGGCAAGAUCAGCAACGCGACCGGCGCCCGCUACUCGAUCCAGCAACCAACGCAACCCACUAAGACAGCCUCUGCGGCUCGUCCAAAGGCCGCUGCGGCGCCUCAGGCGCGUGCAGCCGCCCAGAAGGACGUACCUGCGCCAACGCCUGCCGCGUCGACGCCCGCAGCGCCUGCCAAGCGCCACGACGACAACGACGACGACGAAGACUGGGGCGAGCCUGAGCUCGAAGAACGCGAUUUCCGUUCCAAGCCCUUGAAGCCCAACAAGUCUUCUUACACCCCUAUGGGCAAGAUUGAUCUUCAAAAAGUCAUAGCCGAGGAAACCGCGAAACCAGACCCCAGACUGUUCAGCGCUGCCCAGUCUGAGACGAUCACCAAGAGCACUCCACAAGAAGACAUCGACCGUUUGAAGCAGGAAUCUAAGGCCAAGCGAGACUAUGAGUAUUCAAAACUGAUGGGCACGAGACCGCCAAACCUCGACGCAACCCGCAGCGGCAACGACGACAAAGUCAUUAAAGGCUUCAAGACCGAAAAGUCUCCUGCGCAGCUGUGGGCUGAGAGAAAGCAAAAUGCGGCCAAGACUGAGCCGGAAUCAAAGACGACCGCUCCUGCUGACCCCAAUACCUUGGCAGCCGAAGUCGAGAGCGACAAGAAAAACGAUCACGACCAAGUCGCGGAUAUCAAGAAAAGAUUUGAAAACAUGGCUACCGCCGAUGACACGCCAAUCAUUCAGCCAAGACCUGUCGAGAAAGCACCCGCGGCCAAGCCGGUCGCAUCAAUGCCUCCGCCACCUACAAGAACGAAAGCUGGCAUUCCUCUGCCUGGUAUGCAUACCGAGGCUCCUACUGAUGAACCUGCUGACGAUGACGAAAGCUGGGACGACGAAGACGACGACGCUGCUGGGCCGGGCUCAAUCCCCAAGCCUCCGGCCAGAACUGCUGCUCCUUCUGCUCCAAUGAGGGCCCCUGCUACCAGCGAGCACGUAACGAAGUUUGAAGCCCCUGCCGCGGACGAAGAAGAACAAGAGCCUCAACCACCGUUACCCUCGAGAAAAUCAGAAGUUCUCGAACCGCAGACUACAGAGCCUGAAGAAGAAGAAGAAGACGAAGAAGAAGAUGUUCCUCAACCACCACCACGCUCUACACAAACGGCCAACGAGCCACCCGCUCCAUUGCCUACGCGAACUCAAGAAUCAUCACCAGCUCCACCACCACCACCAAGAAGAGUAUCACCCGCUCCUGCUCCCGCUUCUGAAAAGCCUAAAACGCCUUCCGCUACUGCCGAAUACGAUUACGAUGCUGCAGAGAACAACGAGUUGACGUUUGCCGAAGGUGAUAAAAUUAUAAACAUAGAAUUUGUCGAUGAGGACUGGUGGCUAGGCGAGCUCGUAAAGUCUGGCGAAAAGGGUUUGUUCCCUAGCAACUACGUCGAACUAGAUCAGUGA